GUGAGGAGAUCACUCCAGGAAUCCUCAUAUUAAGGAAAAGGAGGCGAACAACUCUGACUCAAACCCAAGACAGAGAGAGAGACAGAGAGAGAGAGAGAGACCACCCCAAACUGUUACCUCGAUGCUGUACGAAGGUGGAGUCAUUUGGGGGUAGAGAGAGAGAGAGAGAGAGAGAGAGAGAGAGAGAGAGAAAGAGAGGGAGGUUGGGGAGAGAGAGAUGAGGAGAGAGCGAGAGAAGCAGGGCAGAAGAAGAAGACAUGGAUUAUCUGACAUGCGCCUGGACUGACCAACGUCCCUUUUUAAGUCUUGAAUCCUGUUUUUCCUCCUCAGAGUGAAAAUGCUUUCCUGCACAUGUGGAGAGUAGCAGCUAACGGACAGGUAGACUGUGUGGUGCAUCUAUUUUUGAUUUCACUGGAGCUAAGGAUUUUUACACAUUUCAAACUUGGCCUGGAUAUCUGUGAACUUUUUUGUUUUUUUCUUAAAUUGAGCAACUGCCUGGAAAUACAAGGGUCAUACUGGAGCAGCCAAGAAGAAUAGUUAAAAUUUCACAAACAAUUUAGAAACAAUUGGAAAACAGAAGGAAAGAAAGACAAAGAACGGGUUUGUUACUGGAAUACACACACACAGUAAUUGGUGUAUUGUUUUUUGUAACAUUUGUUUAUUCAGACUGAUUUAUUUUUGUAGAAAAGACUUGUAUUGCAGACUUUCUGAUCAUCAGAAGAGAACUCUAUGGAGUAUCAGCUUGAAACACAGUGACCAGUCAAACAGUCAUUGCACUGUAAAACAUAAUUCAGAGGAAGGUAAAGGAAUUUCAUACAGGUGUUAAAUAAUUUGGACUCUGCAGGGGGACCUUCUUGCCCAGUCUGGACUGUGGAGGGCUCCCCUCCCUGCCCUCCCAGCCUAUCCUUGCCCCCAGCAGCAUGUCCCAGGCUCUGAGGCUGCCUCUAGUCCUCCACACAGCACACUACCAUGAUCAGAUGGGCUGCUGGAGGGAGUAAGGCUGCCUCUGCCUCGUCCUGCUCCAGGGCUGGGUUAGGGGCUCGUUCUGGCUCUGGGAUCAACUCCAGACUAAGGUCAUCAACACUGCUUUCCUCCCUGUAUUUGCCUCUUUUGCUGGCCCUGGUAGUUUUCUCCUUCUCCCUGCCCGGGGCAGCCUGCCAUCAGCUCCGCAGAGGAAGGCUGAGGCACGCCAACCUGCGAACUCUCAGAGUUCCGCUGAACAUUUCGGAGACUGAGCUCGUCUCCAGGCCCAGGGCCACUGGGGGCCCCCUGGGUCGGACUGGGGGACCACAGGGUAGGCAUGUGCGCAGCUACAAUCAUCUCCAAGGGGAUAUACGGAGAAGGAAGCUGUUCUCUUUCCAGAAGUUCUUCCUGAGGAUCGAUAAGAAUGGAACGGUCAAUGGAACCAAGAACAAAGAUGACCCCCUGAGUAUCCUGGAAAUCACAUCGGUGGACGUGGGAGUGGUGGCCAUCAAAGGGCUGAACAGCAACUACUAUCUGGCUAUCAGCAGGAAGGGAGACCUGUACGGAGCGAAAGAGUUUGGCGUCGACUGCACCCUGAAGGAGCGAAUUGAGGAGAACGGCUAUAACACAUACGCAUCAGCCGAGUGGAGGAACAAGAAGCGGCAGAUGUUUGUGGGUCUAAACGUCCACGGGAAGCCGCUCAAGGGGAAGAAAACCCGCAGGAAGAACACGGCCACCCACUUCCUUCCAAUUAUGGUGUAAGCCGGAGAACUCCAACAGAGGGGGGAGAAUUUGCAGCACUGGACAGAGAGGUUUUCAAUAUUGAAAAUGUGUAAAAUAAAGACAUUCACUGGGACAUCUCUCAUUUGGAAACAAGGCACUAACACUGUUACACAAAAAUAUGGUCUCUUCUCCUGACUUUGACUGAGAUCAUGUUCUUUAUUUGGUGGCAGAAGGUAAUAUCUGUGUUUUCUGUGGCACAGGAUGCAAUAUUUAUCCUUUUUUUUCUGUGCCAAACAGUUUGCAACUGGAGUAUGUGUGUAAUGUGGAUGACACAGGCGAUACUGUCCCAGCUAAUGAACUGCAGUAGAUGCAUAAGUAUCUCACAAUGUUAUUUAUAAUCCAUAUUCUCCUGUGAGACAUGAAGAGGAGGGAUAGAAUAUGACUACAGUAAGAUGAGGGAAAUGAUCAGUCAUUCUAUCGUGACAGCAUUAAAUAAUAGAGGAUACCACACAUUUAAAGCAAAUGUUUGAUACUUAACCACUGUGUUUUGACUGUAUUGUAAUGAUUUAUUUAUUUUGUGAAAUAUUUAACUGGAGGGGAACACUUAUCAAGGCAAGCAUUCCUUUGCAUGCUUUACUUUUUAUAGGAACUCUAUUAUGUGAAAAUAAA